AAAGCGGCAAAAUGGCGGACGCAGAAGACCGUGUUUUGCAGCCAGCGGCAACUUCCACCACCCCAAUUUCAUUCGGCUUCACUCGCACGUCCGCCCGGAGGCGGCUGGCGGACCCGGGAGAUGGUGCGGGCCCAGCCCCGGAGGAGAAGGAUUUCUUGAAGACUGUGGAAGGAAGAGAGCUGCAGAGUGUGAAGCCCUCAGAAGCCCCCAAGGAACUCAUCAUCCCUUUGAUCCAGAAUGGCUAUCGCAGGCAGCCACCAGCACAGCCCCCUGGGCCAUCCAUGGAUACUGGGGUCUUGGCGGAUGGGGUGCUGUCCCAGGCUGUGAAGGAGAUAAUUGAGGAAUCCAAGAAGUCUCUGGAGGAGAGAGAGAAUGCGGGUAUCGACCCCACGCUCGCUAUCCCCAUGAUCCAGAAAGGAUGCACCCCCAACAGGGAAGGGGCAGACAGCGAACCCGGGGCUGAGACAAUGCCAGAGGAGGCAGAUUACGAGGCAGUGCCUGUGGAGGCCUACGGGAUGGCCAUGCUGCGGGGUAUGGGUUGGAAACCUGGCGAGGGCAUUGGCCGCACCUUCAAUCAGGUAGUGAAGCCCCGCGUCAACUCACUGAGGCCCAAGGGGUUAGGUCUGGGUGCCAACCUGACCGAGGCCCAGGCCUUGACCCCCACCGGCUCUUCCCACGUGCCAAGGCCAGAUAAGGAGCAAGAGAAGGACAAGGAGGACCAGCCUCAAGCACUGGUGCCUGGAGGAGCUGUGGUGGUCCUUUCUGGUCCUCACCGAGGCCAAUAUGGGAAGGUGGAAGGCCUCGAUCCUGACAAUGUCCGGGCCAUGGUGCGACUGGCUGCGGGGAGCCGCGUGGUGACUGUUAGUGAGUACUGCCUGCGGUCUGUCUCCCAGCAGGAGUUUGACAAGAACUCCUUGGAUCUCAGUGGCCAGGUGAGCAAAACUUCUCCAGGGCAACAGAAUGGGACAGCCUCAUCACGGAAGGCCCUCCGGGAUCAGGACCUACGUGUCCAGCAAGAGAACGCAGAGAGGAAGCGGAAACACCUUCCAGACCGACAGGAUGGGCCUGCAACCAAGAGUGGGAAAACAGCCCCCAGGAGUCAACACUGGUUGCACAGGGACCUGCGUGUGCGGUUUGUGAACAAGCUGCACAAAGGUGGCCAAUAUUACAACACCAAGAUGACGAUUGAAGAUGUCCUAAGUCCAGAUACCUGUGUGUGUCGGACAGAUGAAGGCAGAGUUCUGGAAGGCCUGAGGGAAGACAUGCUGGAGACCCUGGUUCCCAAGGCAGAGGGCGACUGUGUGAUGGUGGUACUCGGCCCACACGCUGGAAGGGUGGGACAUCUGCUGGGCCGGGACAGAGCACGGAGCCGGGCUUUGGUGCAGCUGCGGAGAGAAAAUCAGGUGGUGGAGCUUCACUACGAUGCUGUCUGCCAGUAUGUGGGCCCUAGUGACACAGACGAAGACUGACCUACGGGACCACUCCUGUUCCCCAGACGAUUACCCGUUUUAUACAAUAUGAGAAAGUUGCCUUUGAGAAGGUGGGAAGAUAAUUAUUCCAUCCUCUGCGCUACAGUCCUGGGACAGGGACAGAGGAAAUGGAUGGACCAGAAGGGAGGCUAGAGAGAAACCCAAUAUUUGCCAGUAUUUAGUGUAUAAUAAAAACCAUUUCAGACACUUAGUAGAAA